AUGCCGGAAGCUGAGCAACUUGCUGAAGAGAACCAACGGCUGAAGAAGGAGCUCAAAAAUCUCCAGCAGCAGCGUGAGAAGGAAAAGAAUGAAUUUGAAAGCAAGAUUGCGUCAGAACGAGAAGCCGGAAAGAGCCAUCAAGAGUCAGCCAUGCAACGGACACAUGAGUUGGAAGCCAUGAAAAGUAAGAUGGUGAAGUUGACCCGCCAGUUGGACGAGGAGGUGCAAAAGCGCGACCAGGUCUCGGCGGAGUCGCAGCAGUUGGAGCGACGUCUCCAGGACUUGACCAAAGGCACAGCUGGGGCACAGCCUACGUCUCCCUCUUCCGGUGUGCCAAGUGACGAACAAGCUCUUCGCGAGCGUGGCAGCCAGGUCUCAACCAAGCUGAUGCGCGUGGUGGAUCAGUGGAUGCGGCAACGUGACCUGCAACAAGCGCUGCUGCGGGGCGCCUCCAUCAACGAUACGGCCUUCGCCACCUUGGUGCAGGCCUUGAACGAUUGCCCGUCCUUGCAGACCCUGGAUCUCUCGCAGAAUCUGCUGACGAUGGAUUCGUGCUCGGACUUGUGCCAAUUGAUCACCACCGCACCCAGCCUUUCGUUCAUCUCCUUAGCCGAGAACUUGUUCUCCCUUCGUUCAGUGGGAUAUUUCAUGACCGCUGUGAUGGAGAGGCAGAACACCAAGAAGCUGAUGCCCUUAGACCUCCUGGACCUUCAGGGCAACGAGGGCCUGGUCGCCGCCGCUGCGGCGCCGGUGCCGGAGCAGUUGCUGACGCAGGUGCAACAGGCCAUGCAGCGGACGGGCAAGCUGCCACCCAGUGGUGUGGAGCUCGUUGCACAGGUCAUGCGAGCCUUGUGGCGCUUCUUGCACGACACUGCGCAUCCACAGGUGAAAGAUGCGAGCCCCGAUGAUGUGGCCUUCUUUGUGAUGGAUAAGAUCACCUUGAGGAAGAUGGAAAACGCCUUGAUGAAGAUCUUGCUCUUGGGUGCUGAUGCCGCUGUGGAUGCAGGCUUUGUGCAGUACCGCCCCGUGACGGCCAACCUGGCCUUCGCCUCCACCUUGGAAGUGGCCGAGGAUCCACGGCUCACCCAGACGCAGCCGGCAGAGCGCCGGCAGAGUGGGGGCCAGGCCUCGCCCGCUCCGACGGCGCAAAAGCCCAAGAUGAGCACCCAAGAGGUGCGCACGCAGCCCACUGCGGCGGAUCCCUUCGCGGACCUGAAGACGGCCUUCGAACCGCAGAGGGAAAAGCUGAAGACCUUCAACUUGAAGCAGAUCGUCACCAGGAAUGGCACAGUGCUGAUGAACAUGUUGGAGCGUUUGUUGGAAACCACCGAGAUUGAUGCGAGGGACGUCGAGACGGAACAGACCCUGUUGGAGUACGCCUGCCACACGGGCAACAUGGGCCUGGCCAAGCUCUGCUACCGCCGCGGCGCCAAUUUGUCGGCCAAGACGCAGAAGGGAGAGACGGCCUUUAACAUCGUGACGCAGAACAAGCGCUACGACUUGAUGGAAUUCCUCCACACCUACGGCGUCAAGGUGAACUCCGCGGACGCCAAGGGCCGCACGGCGCUGCACGUGGCGGCGGCCAACGACGACGUGGACGGCGUGUGCCGAUUGAUGGAGUGGGGAGCCGAUGUGAACAUCAAGGAUGACAAGAAGAGGACACCCAUUCAUGUGGCAGCCGCCAGUGGCAACAUGAAAACCACCAUGCUGCUUUUGGAGGUGGGUGCUGACAUGAACGCCAAGGAUGAUCGGGAGUACACGGCCGUGGCGCAUGCGGAGGCCAACAAUCAUUUUGUGCUCAUGGAUCGCUUGGUGCAACUGGGUGGUAGGGGCCAUGGCCUUCAUCAGAAGAAGGAGAACGAUAUGGCCCGCUCCAAGAGUGCCAAGAUGAUCGGUGAGUUGGUGGUCUCUGCAGGUUUGUUGAGGAGCAGUUCCCUGGGUCGCAUCGGCAAGGUUUCCGUCAAGGGCAUGUCGGGGCCCCUGCAGCCAGCACCACAAACCAAGUGAUGCAGGGAGAGGCCCAGGGUGCCGUGGCCACGGGAGAGUUGAG